UCAGAUUUGGCACAGAACAAUCUGUGGUUUGUGUGCUUCACAGCCUCAGACUUCCAAGACUCACUCUCAAAGCAGGUAGAAGAAUUGUUUCGUGCCUCUUCGGAAGAAGAUUCAUGUUGUUAUAAGUGAACGUUCUUGUUGCUGGUCUCCACUGAAGAUAUAUGUAUUAGUAGUUGCACCGCGGGUGUUAGCUUAGCACGUUGGGUGGACUUCGCUUGCAGAACGAUUUGGCGCACAAAAUCAACGAGAGAUGGGGAAAAAGAGCUCCUCAGCUUCCAGCGGGAAGAAGUCACGGAUUUCUGAGGGACCAGUGAAGGAGAGGCGUUGCACGGAUGUGAUCUGCCUGCUGCUGUUCAUUCUGACAUGGAUUGCCAUGCUUGCAGUAGCCAUUGUGGGUUUUGCCAAAGGUGACCCAACACGUCUUCUUGCACCAGUUGAUUCGGCUGGAAAUCGCUGUGGAUACACACCUGGCUACAAAGAUCGCAAGUAUCUUCUCUUCUACGAUGUCGCCCGUUGUGUACAAUCCGCUAUCACAUCUACAAACCUCCUCAACUCCGGCAUUGUCUGCAACACACCACAGGUGUGUGUCAAGGCUUGUCCCAAUGCCAAUGCUCUUGGUGUCACUGGGCCCAGUGGUCAAGAGACACAGCUCUACUGCCGUGAUGGCAAGACCCUUCAGCAAGUACAGGCCCUAAGCUUGCAGGAGCGCAGCAAGUUGCUGCAGAACAACACGUGCGCGCCAUACUAUCUCAAGUCCGAAGUCGUACUGAGCAGAUGCCUGCCCACCAUUUUGGACUUGAACAAGAUUUCCGGUGGACUGCUCACGGAUGGUAACAACGCUACGUUGACAGACAACGGUAACAACACGCUUACCGGCUCUGGUGUUCUCAACGCUGUACGCAUUGCUUCCAAGCUCUUGAACCUGCGCUCUAUCGCAACCAAGGUUUGGGCAGAUUUUGAGAAGACCUGGAUCUACAUGGUCGUGGGUUUUGUGGGAGCCAUUGUCACCUGCUUCGUCUUCAUCUUCCUUGCCUCAUUCUUCUUGGGUCCGUUCAUUUAUCUCUCCAUGAUCGGCUCUCUUGCACUGCUAGCACUAGGUGCGUAUGAAAGCUACAAGAUGUACAAGAGCUUGAAGAACGGCGAUGUCACGAUCCCGACAUCGGCCAGUUCCUUCCUGGACGAGUACCGCUACCAGACGGACACAUACCUUGUGCUGGGCAUCGUCUGCACCGUGUUCUUCAGCAUCCUAGCGCUCAUCUGUCUGUUCUUGCUGAGUCGUAUUCGCCUGGCCAUUGCCGUCAUCAAGGAAAGCUCAAGGGCUAUGCUGGCUAUCAAAUCAACCUUCUUCUUCCCCCUCUUCCCGGCCAUGCUGCAAUGUCUACUGUUUGCUUACUUCGUUGGCGUUGCCUUGUUCCUCGUCACCUCUGCCACGCCCAAGUAUGCACUGGAGAUUUUCGGCAAUAACCCUAACACCACCUCGACCAUGGUAGAUGUCAACGGGAGCAUGGUCGACGUCGUCUCUGGUUCCAGCUGCAUUCCUACGUCUAGUUCAUUCAAGAAUAUCCACAAUGCAUCAGACCUGAUCAACUGUGGCUUUGCAUCAUAUGAUCCUGAUAAGGUGCUACAAGGUAUGCAGCUGUUUCAUCUUGUUGGCUGGCUGUGGACAGUCAACUGGAUUUCCGCAAUGGGCCAGUGCGUCUUAGCCGGAGCCUUCUCCUCCUACUACUGGCAACACAAAAGCAAUUCUAUGCCAGCUCUUCCACUGAUGGCAUCCUUAAAACGAACACUCUUCUACCAUACUGGCUCACUGGCAUUCGGUGCAGCUAUCAUCACUAUUGUGCAGCUUAUUCGAGCAGCUCUUGUCCUUGCCGAGUCACGGUUGAAACAAUACAACGACAACAAAGUUGCAAAGUUCCUACUAAGAUGUCUGCAGUGCUUCUUCUACUGUCUGGAGAAAUUUCUCAAGUUCAUCAACAAGAAUGCUUAUAUUGAGAUUGCCGUCUAUGGGUACAACUUCUGCAAGGGUGCACGCAAGGCGUUCAAACUUCUUCUUGCAAACGUGCUCCGUGUUGCAACUCUCAAUGGGGUAACAUCAUUCCUCUUGUUCAUGGGAAGAAUGAUUGUCACUGGAGCUGUUGCCGUGGUGUCCUAUAUCGUGUUCAAGGACGUUGAUCAGAAGAAAGAUCUCAACUACUUCCUCGGCCCUGUCAUUAUUCUGACAGUGGCUGCCUACUUCAUCUCGGCAAGCUUCUUUGACACAUUUGACAUGGCCGUCGACACCAUCUUCCUUUGUGUUCUGGAGGACUUGGAACAUCACGAUGGUUCGGCCGAGAGUCCUUACUACAUGUCCAAGUCGCUUCAGAAAAUCCUCAAAGUGAAGGCCAAGAAGGAUGAUUACAAGUCCAUUGAGGAGGAGACAUAGAACUAUUCUGUACCAUGUCCGCACCCCUACACAAAGCAGGUUUGAACCGGUGUUGGGUACUGUGUUGAGUUUGAGUAG